AUGUUUUUUAAAAUUAACCUUUGUUGUCACACUGCAAUUCCAGUACUCUAUUUUUUGGCGUAUCUUUCAGUACCAGGAAGAACAUCAGAUCCUUGCAAUGAAAAUGUUUACACGACAUCAUUAACAAGCUUACGUCUGCGAGCUCCGUAUAAUAUUCUAGGACCAGGAGAAUUGGGAAUUUGUGACAGAUAUAUAGCAAAACAAUGGUAUCGAAUAGAUGGAUAUGUUUUGUCAACAAGUACACCAGAGGCAUUUGGAUGUGGAACUGAAUUUCCAAUGUGGAUGAACGAUACAUUUCCAGGAGAGGGUAACAUAUCAAAUGUAAUGAUAUGCAUGAGACGAUAUAGUGAUCCUUGCUAUGAACGGUAUAGCAUACAGAUUAAAAAUUGCAGUAGAUUCAUGGUGUAUUACUUCAAACCACCUAGCAUGUGUAAUGCAGCAUAUUGUUUUGGUGUGAACGAAACUGUUAAGUCAGUAGAUGUGAAGUUUGAUGGCUUCCUUUGGACGGAAGAAAGAAUAGAUGAAAACUUCAUACAACACGACUCUGCGAUCCGUUUCCUUUGCAGUUUUCCACCUUUACGAGAUCAAAAACUCUACUACCGCAUUACGUGGUAUCUGGACGACAUCGAAGUUGACCUAAACCAAGUAGUUAACGAAUCUACAAAACUGAAUGCAACUAUAACAGCAUACGAAAUUUUAAGAUAUGGAAAAAAGCUAGGAACAGUGAUACAAUGCAGAGUAUGGGCUGUGCUUCAACCGGAUGAGAAAGGAUGCAUUACAAGAGCCAGUACUGGAUUUUUUGCAGGAAUUAAGGUUCUUACUCCAGACGUCAGUAUAUCCACAGAAAAUGGUACAACAAUAAAGCUUAAACCAAACAUUCCCUUUGCUGAUAACUUCCUCGUACAUGUAAGGGGCGGGGUGAAUUUAGGCAGAUAUCUAAGUAUAUAUUUGUCAGAUCCUGCUAUUAAUUGCACUGAGGAGUCUUCAUGUGAGUGCCAAGGAAAGUCUAAAAAUUAUUAUAAAUGUGAGCAAAGAAUUCCAAGCUUAGAUUUUACCCAACGUUUUGAUAAUGAUGGGAAGCACAAUGACUGGAAUAAAACUGUCGAGUUUGAAGUCGUAGUUAAGAAAAGUAUCCAAUACAGUUUUCCACCAAGUGAAGUCAUUCUUCGUCUAAAAACUGGAAAUGUCAAUGGCAAUGGAAGCCAGUUCUUUAACGAAGUAUAUCUGCAAGACGUUACGGUAAAAGGCAUCGAUGAAAAGUCAAAUACUCUACCUUCCUGCACCUCUCUCACUGAUCCCCAUAUGAAGUCUUUUGACCAAGU